CAACCCUACUGCGCGGACACAUCCACAGCCUUUGUUGUCACAGAGAAAGCAGCUGAGGUUCAGAGAGGUGCAGCCACCUGCCUAAGGUCACACAGCCCACAGGGAGUUUGUCAGCACACGCACCAGAGCUCUCCACACCCAGAACCCCGGCUUGGCCAAACGUUCCGGAGUCACCCACCCCCCCGCCCUGGGGUGCAGAGGAGGCUGUUUUUUUCGGGGGGAGGGUCCCGGCGAGGGGACACGGAUCUGACGGGGCGCCUCCCCUCAGGGGCCCGCGGCUCGGAGGCCGAGCACCGCCUGUUUGAGCGGCUGUUCCAGGACUACAACGAGAUCAUCCGGCCCGUGGCCAACGUGUCCGACGCCGUCAUCAUCCAGUUCGAGGUGUCCAUGUCCCAGCUGGUGAAGGUGGAUGAAGUCAACCAGAUCAUGGAGACCAAUUUGUGGCUCAAGCAAAUCUGGAACGACUACAAGCUGAAGUGGGACCCCGCGGACUAUGACGGGGCGGAGUUCCUGCGCGUCCCCGCCCAGAAGAUCUGGAAGCCGGACAUCGUGCUCUACAACAACGCCAUGGGCGACUUCCAGGUGGACGACAAGACCAAAGCCCUGGUCAAGCACACGGGCGAGGUGACCUGGAUCCCCCCGGCCAUCUUCAAGAGCUCCUGCAAGAUCGACGUCACCUACUUCCCCUUCGACUACCAGAACUGCACCAUGAAGUUCGGCUCCUGGUCCUACGACAAGGCCAAGAUCGAGCUGGUCCUGGUGGGCUCCUCCAUGAACCUCAAGGACUACUGGGAGAGCGGCGAGUGGGCCAUCAUCCACGCCCCCGGCUACAAGCACGACAUCAAGUACAACUGCUGCGAGGAGAUCUACCAGGACAUCACCUACUCGCUGUAUAUCCGGCGCCUGCCGCUCUUCUACACCAUCAACCUGAUCAUCCCCUGCCUGCUCAUCUCCUUCCUCACCGUGCUCGUCUUCUACCUGCCCUCCGACUGCGGCGAGAAGGUCACGCUCUGCAUCUCCGUGCUGCUCUCCCUCACCGUCUUCCUGCUGGUCAUCACCGAGACCAUCCCGUCCACCUCGCUGGUCAUCCCGCUCAUCGGCGAGUACCUGCUCUUCACCAUGAUCUUCGUCACCCUGUCCAUCGUCAUCACGGUCUUCGUGCUCAACGUGCACUACCGGACGCCCACCACGCACACCAUGCCCGCCUGGGUGAAGGCCGUGUUCCUGCACACGCUGCCCCGGGUCAUGUUCAUGGCCAGGCCGGCGGGCGGCGAGGGCGGCGGCGAAUGUCAUGAUACUCUGGACUUAGGACUGAAGAUGAUUCAAGACGACUGGAAGUACGUGGCCAUGGUGAUCGACCGCAUUUUCCUGUGGGUUUUCAUCCUGGUGUGCAUCCUGGGGACAGCCGGGCUGUUCCUGCAGCCGCUGAUGGCCAGGGACGACCCCUGA